UGUUUAUUAAAUACCCACAUUUUCCUCACUAUUUCCCUUAAUGAUCAAUUCUAAAUUAUAAAAGAAAACUUUUUUUCUCCCUUGUCACCAAUCCUGGAAGACGUCCUGCACAUCAUCAUCAUUAUCACCAACCAACCCAACAACAACAGCUGCCUCUGCUUAUCAUUUCAUUUGAUUAUAAAUACAGCCUCUCUUCAUUUGUUUUUUCUUUAGUUGGGUUCUUCUGUUUUCAGGGCCUAUUUCUUAUUAUUAUGUGAAAAAGAAUAUGAACAUUUUUGCUAUUGGGAGAGGAUGAGAGUGGGAGAGAAUUAUGCGAAUCCUUUGCGACGCUUGUGAAAGUGCUGCUGCUAUUGUCUUUUGUGCUGCCGAUGAGGCCCCUCUUUGCCGUACUUGUGAUGAAAAGGUCCACAUGUGCAAUAAGCUUGCUAGCAGGCACGUCCGGGUCGGUCUGGCAAAUCCCGCUGCCGUUCCUCGCUGCGACAUAUGUGAAAAUACACCUGCUUUUUUUUACUGUGAAAUAGAUGGAACUUCCCUAUGUUUGCAAUGUGAUAUGAUUGUACAUGUUGGAGCUAAAAGAACUCAUGGAAGAUAUCUUCUAUUAAGGCAGAGAGUUGAGUUCCCAGGGGAUAAACCUGGUAAUAUAGGGAACCCAACUUCACAAUCUUCGGAUCCGAGUGAGACGCAAAGAUGCCAAAAUCAGGCAGCUAAACCAGCAUCGGUAGAGAACCAACAAAAUGACAAGACCUCUCUUCACGCUGAUGGCCAUCUUGAAAUGGAUACUAAAAUGAUAGAUUUGAAUAUGAAGCCUCAUACAAUACAUGAACAAGCCUGGAACAAUCAGGAACAAUAACUCAGUGUUGCCGGUAGCGGAGACGAUGAUAAUCCACCUGGUUCUCCGUUAAAUUCUAUCUGGAAGGCCUCAUUUUAUACGUUUGUUAACUGCACCGUAGCUGCUCAACUUAUCAUCUCCUACCAUAGUGUCAAACUUUCAAUAGAAUAGCUUUCUUUUUCGUUUCUUUUCAAGCAGCUUUCAUAGCUCAUACCAUGAAGCAAAAGAAUGCAGUGGUUCUUUUGUAAUUUUUGUUUGUUGAAUUUUUUUUGGGUGUACUUGUUAAAGCACUUGGGAAGAAUGCUUGAGAUAAAUGCUUAAAAGGCAAUGGUAUACUUGGUACUACCCAGAGGAUCUCUUGCUCAUAGAACAGAAUGAAGAAUCAACUUAGAAAA